UCCUCCGCCUUCGGGCGGAGCCGCGAGCCGCAGCUCCUUUUCUCAGCCUCCUCCCUCGAAGAAGAAAGCCUGACUUCCGGUGCUUCAACAUGGCGGCGGGAGAGUCGAGCCGGAAGGUGGAGCUCUGGCUGGAUGUCCCCUUCCCGUCGGAGCGCGAGGCGUCCAUCGCUCUGCGCGCGCUGUCCCCGGACCGGGAGCCGCGCAGGGGCGGGAUCAGCAAGACGCUGAGCGUCUCCGAGACCACGCUGUCCGUCAGGUGGACUGCGGACGAGGCUCGGAUCCUGCGCGUCUCCGUCUCGUCCUUCCUGGACCACCUGUCCCUGGUCCUGCAGACCAUGCAGAGCUUCGGCCCUCCUGUGGAGGUCUGAGGGUCCAGGACCAGGACCAGGACCAGGACCAGGACCCGGCUGGAGCGAUGGAAGGACUGAAGGAAUCAAACCACUUUUAUUUUGAAGUUUGAUUUUCAGCUUGAUGAUUGAAAAAAAAAAAACCAAAACAUUUUAUUCUUUUUCUUUUUCUUCACUGAAUCGAUUUUCUGGAAUAAAAACUUCAAACUGA